ACCAUGUCUCCAGCUCUGCUUGAUAUCGAAGUUCAGGGUGAGGUUCCUCCAUGCCUCUUCCCCAGAUCGUCUCUCUCGCCAAAUGAUAAGACAAGCGAACUGGGUACUCAAGAACUGGUCCUCACGGAAAAGUUGGAUUUCGUCCACCAGUUCCUGCAGGAAAGCCAGAUCACCCUUCCAACCGCCCUGCAAACAGCAUGGGCUCUGACGCUUCGCUGUUUCGUGUCUUGCGAUAUCCUCUCGUUCGGCUAUCAUGCCAGCAAUCUUGACGGCCAUGAAGAACUGGCUCUCGUCGGCCGAGUCGACAACACCGAGACCAUUGCGGUCUGUUUGCAGCGCAUUGAGGAGCAAAAACAAGCCGCUGGAGCCCCAGCGGGCUUUGAGAUACAUGCCAUCCCAUAUGAGCCCAAUCGAGCGCUGUGUAAUACGGCUGUCAUUUAUGAUGAGCUCGGACAUGCGCCAGAAGGAGUAUGCGAUGCUAUGCAGAUCGACCUCGCUAUCGCAGUCCGCAGAGAGUCCAGUUCCCAGCUUACUGGAUGCAUCGUGUUCGAUGACGACUUGAUUGGGGACAGCAUUGCCAUAAGUGUUCUCUAUACGUUUUAGGCAUAUCCUGUCGCAAAUCCUCCACGGCCCGCAUAAUCGGGUGCCAGACCUCUGUUCGAAGGAGGACAGAGCCGCCAUCAAGCGCUUAACAGAGAGGGUAUCGCCCCCAGACCGCCGUUGCUUGCACGACAUCAUCGUCGAACAAUGCCGAGCCCAUCCAGAGCGUAUGGCCGUCUCUUCUUGGGACGGGGACCUUACCUACGGAGAGCUUGACGAGCUCUCCCUUCGUCUGGCCCAUCAUCUCGUCGGCCUUGGGGUGGGACCCGAAAAAUUCGUUCUGAGCUGCUUUGAGAAGUCGACCUGGGCUAUCGUGGCCCGCCUAGCUGUCUUGCGUGCAGGGGGCGCCUACAUCUCUAUCCACGCUACGAACCCGCCAAUAUACCUGGACUCCGUCAUCCAGCGGACUGAAGCAGGAGUCCUGCUGAGCGAUGUCAAGUUUGCAGCUCGCUUUCAGCACCUAGUCCCUCAUUUUGUGGGCAUCACCCCAGAGUGGCUGCGCAGUCUACCGGUGAACCAUGCACCACCGUGCGAUACGGUUGUGCCGGAAAAUGCCUGCCUCGUUCUGUUCACUAGCGGCAGUACAGGCCAGCCAAAGGGCAUUGUCCAAGUCCACCAAUCCUAUACAACCGCUAUCCGAGACUAUGUCCGCAAUAUCGGUCUCGAUUCCACCACUCGCAUGUUGCACUUCGAUGACUAUGCCUUCGAUAUCAGCAACCUGGAGCUGCUAGUUCCGCUUACUAUCGGCGGGUGUUGUUGUGUCCCACCCCCAGUGAAGACCACCGACAACCUGAUUAACGCUAUCAGUAGCCUGCGCGCCAAUAUCACAUUCCUCACCCCUACCGUUGCAAUAAAGCUUGAUCCAGCGGAAAUUUCUAGUCUGCACACGAUCUGCGUUGGCGGCGAGCCUCUGCCCAAAGAACUCAUCAAUAAAUACUCCUCCUCCAGCACCCGUCUUAUCAAUCAAUUCGGCAUGGGCGAAGUCGCCAUCUGUUGCGCGUACAACGAUAGCAUCCAUCCAGAUCGUGGGAAUACUAUAGGCCGUCCAGCGAGUGGCCCUAUUUAUAUUGUUGACUCGGCGUCGCCGGAGCGUCUGCUUCCACUGGGAGCGGUGGGCGAGCUGCUCAUUGAAGGGCCGCAUCUUUCCCGUCGGUACUUAGACAAUACAGCUGUCUCGCGCACAGCAGCAGGAUUUCUAUCCAAGACGCCUCGCUGGAUGGCCGAGCUGCACCCCGCGCGCAGCGUAAGCAGGAUGUACCGAACCGGCGACCUCGGCCGGCUCAAUGCAGACGGAACAUUAGAUUACAUCGGUCGUAAAGACACCAUCCUCAAGCUAGACGGGUGCCGUGUUGACGCUAUUGAGGUGGAGCAUCAGGCGCGCAAGUGUCUCUCACCUGCUGACGCCAUUGUGGUUGACCUUCUAGGUGCCAUUGACGGCACGGAAGAUCCCCAGAUCGCGGCACUGCUGUACUUGGACGGACAUACUGACAGUAAAAUACCGGCAGUUAAUGGAGAACCGGUUAUCACGAAUGCAGAGAAAGAUGGCAUGGCUAGGGAGAAGGUCGAUACUAUUCGCGAAGCUAUCAAGCAAGCGCUGCCGGCGUACAUGGUGCCCUCUGUCUUCCUGCUCAUGUCAUGGAUGCCACGCACGGCUUCUAAGAAGACAGAUCGAAAGAAGAUUCGUAUGCUGGCGCAAAAGUAUUACAUGGCAGAGAGGAAGUUGAGGAUGGACUCUCCGUGCUACGUUCAGCAGUCCCAGGUGCUUCCGCCGUAACCAGCUCGUACACCUAACUGGUUUUGUCUUGUUUAGUUGCAUAUAUUCUCAAGGAGUCUGUAUUCAAGACUUAGCAUACAGCAAUGGUACUAUUUGUAAGGUUAAC